AUGUUGUUUUUUAUAUUAUUCAGUCCAUUACUUUUGAAUAUUAGCCCCAUUUUAGCUGAAAAAAGAAUCAACAAAUAUGUAACUACUCUUAUUAAUGCUAAAUGGAAAGAUACACCGUUAAUUCUUGAAGCAGCAGAAUAUUUAAAUGAUGAAAAUCCAAAUUAUUUUUGGAGGUUUGUCGAUGAAGUAUCUAAUAGAUCAUUAGAAUUUGAAAAACAUGUAACUGAAAAAGAUCAUUAUGAUUUUGUUAUGUCAAUAUCAGAAAAAUUUCUUACUUCAGCUGAGAUAGCUGUUAUGAAAUUAGGACUUUCAUUAAGAAUUUAUUCUCCAAGGAUAGAAAUGUUUUAUCAAAUGGCUGAAAAUAAAAAAACUUCCAAUAUUAAUUGCAAUAAUUUUAUUGAUGUUGGUGGAAAAUUCGUUUGUUCUAUUGAUGAAUUACAAAAAUUUAUAGAUAAUAAUGAUGUAAUUUUAAUAGAUACAUACAGUGUAGAUCAUUUUUAUCUUGAGAAGCGAUAUACAAAUAAAACACUUGUUUUGUAUGGCCAGAUGGGUACGCAUGGUUUUUCAGUAUUACAUGAAAAAUUAAAAUACUUAGUUACAAGUAAUAAAAUUAAUUAUAUCCUUCGACAUUAUAGUAAAAAUAGACUCAAUAAAAAUCUUAGACUUUCGGGUUAUGGUGUUGAAUUACAAAUGAAAUCGACUGAAUACAAAGCAACAGAUGAUUCGGAUAUCAAACAUAAUCAAGAGAAAAAUGAAGAUCUUGGCGAAGGAGUUGAUGAAAUUGAUGGAAUAAAUUUUUCACUUUUAAAAACAUUAUAUCCUAAAGAAAAAAAAAAGUUGAAUGAUUUAUACACUUAUCUUAUCGAAAAUAAUCAUGAAAUUGGAGCUUUAAAAGUUUGGCAAUUCCAAGAAUUAAGUCAUCAAGCUGCAGAAAGAAUCAUGAGUUCACCAGCAGGUGAGGCAAUUAAUGUAUUGACUGAUAUAUCUCAAAACUUUCCAAUGCAGGCUAAAUCAUUAAUUAAAGAAAAAAUUAAUAAUAAUAUGAAAAAAGAAAUGAAACUUAAUCAAGAAAUAUUUUCUGUUAAUUUGAAUAUACAACCUACUGAAACAGCUUUAUUUAUCAAUGGACUUUUUUUUGAUUUAGAGGCCAUUGAUAUAUUAACUCUUUUGGAAUGCUUACGUUAUGAAUUAAGAGUUAUGGAAUCACUUCAUAAAAUAGGAUUAGAUAGUGAAAAUAUAAAUAAAUUAUUGACAUUAGAUAUAUCAAAUACUGGAGACAGUAAAGAUUUUCUAAUUGAUAUACGUGAUUCAGCUAUUUUGUGGAUAAAUGAUAUUGAAAAUGAUUUUCGUUACAAAAGUUGGUCUUCAUCUUUAAGUGAUUUGUUAAGACCAACUUUUCCUGGUAUGCUUCGAAACAUUCGACGAAAUUUUUAUAAUCUUGUAAUUAUCAUAGAUCCCUUGAAAAAAGAAUCUGCACCUUUAAUAUCUUCAGCUGAAUCUCUUUAUGCUUAUUCUGCACCAUUAAGAAUAGGUUUUGUAUUUUUCACUAAUUUUAAUGUGAAUGAGACUGGCAAUACAGAUCCAAGUGUAGCAAUUAAUAAUGCUUAUCAUUACUUAAUAGAAAGUAAAAAUUCAAAAGAUGCUAUGAGUUUUUUAUCUAGUUUAUAUAAUAAUAUUGGACCUAAUGGGUUACAAAUUAAUGAUGUAAAAAAGGCUAUAAAAAUCAUAGAUCCUAUGGCAGAUAUUAAUUAUAUUUUGGGAGAGGAAUCGGAAUAUGAUGUUGGGCGUUAUCUUGCUAAUGAUUUUAUUAAAAGAACUGGCCUUAAAAAACUACCACAAGUUCUUCUUAAUGGAAUUCCAUUAUCAACUAAUCAAUUAAAUGCUGAUUCUUUCGAAGAAACAGUGUUGUCAACAAUUAUAAUGCAGACUCCUAUGAUUCAAAAAGCAGUUUAUCGAGGUGAAAUUAUAGAAAGUGAUGAUGUUGUUGAUUUUCUUAUGAAUCAGCCACAUGUUAUGCCUAGAUUAAAUGAGCGAGUACUUAAGACUGAAAAAAAUAUCUGGCUUAAUUUAAUAGGCUCAAUACCUAAAAAUAAUGAUUACACAAAAUGGAGUUCUCAAGAUAUUUCAUCGUGGUUAAUGAAACAUUUGUGUUAUUUAUAUAUUCCUCGAAAAAGUGUUUCUAGCCAUGUAUACACAUUAUGGAUUGUUGCAGAUUUAGAAUUAGAAUUGGGUAGAAAAUUAUUGAAAGAAGCACUUAUAUAUUUGGAAUCUAAUGCUGAAGCACGAUUAUCUCUUAUCAUAUACAGUCAAAACAAUAAUCUGUCUGAAUUUAAUAUAAAUAAAAUUACUCUUGCAGCUAUUAACACAUUAUCCUUAGAGAAAUCUUAUACAUAUAUACGAAAUUUAAUGAAAGAGGAGACAUAUAAUUCAAUUAAAAAUGGAGAAUUUAGUAUUGAGGAAAAAGCAAUAAAAGAAUAUUUAAAAAAUGAGUUUUUCUUACUAAAUAUACAACAACAUUAUGCAAAGCAUAUUUUAAAUUUAAGCAAUAAUGAAAGAGCUGUAAUUAUGAAUGGUCGUAUAAUCGGUCCUUUUGAUGAAGAAGAAGAAUUUACUAGUGAUGAUUUUGCUCUCUUAGAAAGAUUUAGUCAAAGUACUUAUGGAGAUAAGUUAUUUAAAUAUUUGAGAAAAUGUCAAGUUAAUAAUGAUGAAUAUGAAAAUGGUGAUAUAUCUGAUAUAAUUAUGAAAAUUACAUCUUUAUUAGUAUCAAAACCUCAAACUAGAAGUCGAUUUAAUGUUCCUUUUCAUAGUGAUAAAUUCAGUGUUAUUAAAAUCCCAGCAUCAAAUAGAAACUUAGUAACAUUUAAUUUGAUUGCUAUAGUUGAUCCUGUUUCUAGAGGUGCUCAAAAACUUGGACCAAUUCUUAAUGUUCUUCAUCAAUCUUUAAAUUGUGAUAUCAAGGUGUUUUUAAACUGUGUAGAUAAAAACAGUGAUAUGCCACUUAAAAGCUUCUAUCGAUUUGUCCUUGAACCUGAAUUGCAAUUUACUAGUAAUGGUGAAAUUGUUGGAGCUAUUGCCAAAUUUACAAAAUUACCAAGUUCAUCACUUUUAACUCAAAAUAUACAUGCACCUGAAAAUUGGUUAGUUGAAGUUAUUAAAAGUGUCUAUGAUUUAGACAAUAUUAAAUUAGAUAAUGUUGCUAUAGGAGUUCACAGUGAAUUUGAAUUAGAAUAUUUGCUUCUUGAAGGACAUUGCUUUGAAACAUCAAUUGGAAAUCCACCUAGAGGACUGCAAAUUACAUUAGGAACUGAAAAAGAACCAUUGAUGGUUGAUACAAUAGUUAUGGCAAAUUUGGGAUAUUUUCAGUUAAAAGCAAAUCCAGGUGAAUGGUUGUUAAAACUUCGACUAGGACGUUCAGCUGAUAUUUAUGAUAUUGUAAACGUUGAUGGUUUAGAAGUAAUACAUAACGAAAGUAAAGUAAAAGUCUUAAUUAGUUCCUUGAAAAGCAAUGUUCUAAAAUUAAAAGUUACUAAGAAAUCCGAAAAGGUUGAUAUUGAUUUACUUGCAGAAGAUGAUAAGGAAUCAGGAAUAUGGAAUUCUAUUUCUAGGACUUUUACAAAUGCUGAAAAAAGUAAUGAACAAAAUGAAAAAUUGAAUAUCUUUUCUUUAGCUUCUGGACAUUUAUAUGAAAGAUUUAUUAAAAUAAUGAUGCUUAGUGUAUUAAAACAUACUAAAACAGUAAUUAAAUUUUGGUUCCUAAAAAAUUAUUUAUCUCCUACGUUAAAAGACUUCUUACCACAUAUGGCUAAAGAAUAUGGUUUUGAAUAUGAACUUAUUCAGUACAAAUGGCCACGAUGGUUACAUCAACAAACUGAAAAACAAAGAACAAUUUGGGGAUACAAAAUUUUAUUUCUUGAUGUUUUAUUUCCUCUUGAUGUUAAAAAAAUUAUAUUUGUUGAUGCUGAUCAAGUAGUUCGAGCUGAUUUAAAAGAGUUGAUUGCAAUGGAUCUAGGUGGUGCACCAUAUGCAUAUACUCCAUUCUGUGAUAGCAGAAAAGAAAUGGAUGGCUUCAGAUUUUGGAAACAAGGAUAUUGGAGAAAUCACUUACAAGGCCGUUCUUAUCAUAUAAGUGCUUUAUAUGUAGUCGAUUUGAAACGAUUUCGUCGUAUUGCAGCUGGAGAUAGAUUACGUGGUCAAUAUCAAGCAUUGAGUCAAGAUCCAAAUAGUUUAUCUAAUUUAGAUCAGGAUCUCCCAAACAACAUGAUUCAUCAGGUUGCAAUUAAAACAUUACCACAAGAUUGGCUUUGGUGUGAAACAUGGUGUGAUGACAAUUCAAAACAAUAUGCUAAAACUAUAGAUUUAUGUAAUAAUCCGAUGACGAAAGAAGCAAAGCUGCAGGCAGCAAUGCGCAUUUUACCAGAAUGGAUUACAUAUGAUGAAGAAAUUAAAUCUUUACAACUAAAGAUAAUGAGAAUAAUAGACAAUGAAAAUAAGCAAACAGAAAAAGAAGAAGGAUUUAUCAAUGAGGAAUCUGCUAAACAUGAAGAAUUAUAACUAUUAUAUAUAAAUAGUAAAUGACGUUUUAAGAUAAAAAUGA